AUGUCUGCAAGCGUUACACCGUUUUUCGGUGCAAUCUCCACCUUUGAUCACCACAACCAAGAUUGGGUGACAUUCCGGAGCAGGCUGCAGCAAUGGUUCAUUGCAAAUGAACUGGAUAAAGAGUUGGACAAGGCGGGCGUGAAGCGUCGCGCCAUCUUGCUCAGCGCACUCAGCGACGAAUCUUACCAACUGGCGAGUAACCUCGUGCUACCAAAGACCUUGGACGUCGUGGACUACGAGGACAUCGUGAAGGCGUUGGACCAGCACUUCACACAGAAGCGCUGUGGCUUCGCCGAGAGACGUCACUUCUACGUGGCAGUGCAGCAGCCGGGCGAGUCGCACGCGCAGUGGGCCGCGCGGCUCCGGGGCCUCGCUGCGCACUGCAAGUUCAAGAACCUGGAGGAGGCCCUCCUGGACAAGUUCGUAAUGGGGAUGGCGCCGGGAGCCGAGCGGGAGAAGCUAUUCUCGAUGGACAUCGAGGAGCUGACGCUGGCGAAGGCAGUGGAGCUGGCGAGCAGCGUGCGCACGGCGCGCGCCGCCGCCGCCGCCGCCGCCGCGCCGCCAGCCGCCACAGCUUCCGAUGCAGUGUUUAAAAUCGACAAGGGUCGAGACCCUGAUAGGUCCAGUGUUCCUUCCGAGGAAAAGUGUAGUGUGUGUGGUCGAAAGAGCCAUAAAGCCAAUGUGUGUCGAUUCGCAAAAUUUAAAUGUACCAAGUGCAACCAGAGAGGACAUCUGAGAAGGAUGUGUAAGACGGUCAAAUAUUUGGAGGCUGAAGCUAACAGCGAGGGUGACGAUGCGAGGCCAGUAGCUUUUGCGCUUAGGGAAAAAAUUGAAACAGAAAUAAAUAGGCUGUUAGAUGCUGACGUGAUUGAGCGCGUGGACCACGCGGAGUACGCGUCGCCGGUGGUGCCGGUGCUGAAGGCGGACGGCACGGUGCGGCUGUGCGCCGACUACUCGCAGACCAUCAACAAGCAGCUGCACGUGGAGCGCUACCCGCUGCCCACCGCGCACGAGCUGUUCGCCAGGCUGCACGGCGGCCAGCAGUUCACCAAGCUCGACAUGUCCUCCGCGUACGCACAGUUCCCCAUCGUAGACGACGAUAGCAUUACCUGCAUUAAUACGCACAAGGGUCUGUAUAGGUACAAACGACUAAUUUUUGGACUGUCCUCGGCUCCUGCAAUAUUUCAGCGAGCUAUGGAAAGCAUAUUAGGUAUAGUCGUACUGGUGUUCUUAGAUGAUGUGUGUAUAACAGGAAAAGACAAAGAAGAGCACCUAGAAUACGUAAAAAGUGCUGAAAACAGUGCAGACUAUUUAUCUCGCGCCAGUCUACCGGAACCGGUUUGUCAGGAGUCGGAGGGGCCGGGCGCGGGGCGCGCGGGCGACGUCAGCUCGAGCGCCUACGUGAACUUCGUAGUGGAGGGGGCGCUUCCCGUUACGAGCGAACAGCUGAGCCGAGAGACCCACGAUGACGUCAUCCUUCAGCAGACUCAUUUCUAA